GAGGUUGCGCCAUGUUACGUUGCUAUGCUGCUGCUCCCGCUGCUGCUGCAGCGAACCAAGCGAAGAGCCACAACUGAGCAACCGGGCAGCCUCAGUGAGCGAGCGCACGGUGACCACCGAGAGGAAAAGGCUUAACUUUUUUGGUUGAUCCAAACGUUAUUUGCUUCAAUAUUAUCAGUUAUAAAGGAUUGCGAAUAUUUACUGCUCGGUUUGGGAUGACCGAGGGCACGCUGUAGCUGGUGCUUUCUCUCCCCUGUGUGGAUUAUUGUUCGCCGUGCUGAAGAAGCAGGAGGCCCCGCGGUGAAUGUGUGUGUGCAGGCUCGGGGAUGAUAAUGAUGAGGUUUCAGUGGGGCUGCAGCGGGUGAAUUGAACUGGGCUUUUAUGUUCUUCUCCUCUUUGAUUCCCCUUACCUUAAUAAAAAUUAAUUCCCCAAAAAACUGGACCCUCCUGGAGCUGUUUAUGAAGACUUUGUGUGGACAGUAAUGAGCGCACGCUUCCGAUUGCCUGCUGGCAGAUCCUACAAUGUCCGAGCGUCGGAGCUGGCACGAGACAGACAGCACACAGAGGUGGUCUGUAACGUACUUCUGCUGGACAACACUGUUCAAGCCUUCAAAGUUAACAAGCACGAUCAAGGACAGGUCCUGCUGGAUGUAGUCUUCAAACACCUGGAGCUGACGGAGAGGGACUACUUUGGGCUGCAGCUUGCCGACGAUUCCUCUGAUAGUCCGAGGUGGCUGGAUCCAAACAAACCCAUUAGAAAACAAUUAAAAAGAGGAUCUCCUCACAAUUUGAAUUUCAGAGUCAAAUUUUUCGUUAGCGAUCCGAAUAAGCUUCAGGAAGAUUACACAAGGUACCAGUAUUUCCUGCAGAUCAAACAGGACGUUCUCAGUGGAAGGCUGCCUUGCCCCCACAACACUGCCGCCCUGCUGGCCUCGUUUGCAGUUCAGUCUGAGCUGGGAGACUACAGCCACUCGGAGCACCUGCCCGGCUACCUCUCCGAGUUCUGCUUCCUCCACAACCCGCCCCAGGACUUCGAGAAGGAGAUCGCCAAGCACCAUCAGCAGCACACCGGACUGUCCCCCGCCCAGGCCGAGUUCAGCUACCUUAACGCCGCACGCACGUUGGAGCUCUACGGAGUCGAGUUGCACUAUGCAAGGGAUCAAAGUAACACGGAGAUUCUAAUCGGGGUGACGUCGGCAGGGAUCGUCGUUUAUAAGAACAGGGUUCGAAUCAACUGCUUUCCAUGGUUGAAGAUUGUAAAAAUAUCUUUUAAAUGUAAACAGUUUUUUGUUCAGCUCCGAAGAGAAUUGCUUGAGACCCGGGAGACGCUGCUGGGGUUCAACAUGGUGAACUACCGGGCCUGUAAGAACCUGUGGAAGGCGUGUGUGGAGCACCACACCUUCUUCCGCCUGGACCGCCCCCUCCCCCCGCAGAAGAACUUCUUCGCGCAUUACUUCACCCUGGGCUCCAAGUUCCGCUACUGUGGAAGGACGGAGGUGCAGUCUGUGCAGUAUGGAAAGGAGAAGGGGAUCAAAGACCGGGCGUUCGCCAGGUCUCCCAGCAAGCCCCUGGCCCGGAAGCUGAUCAGCGGGACGGACUGGGAAUCCGUCAGCCGCAAUUCCCUGUCGGACGAGCGGCUGGAGACCCAGAGCCUCCCCACCCGCUCCCCGCCCGGCACCCCCAACCACCGGAACUCCAUGUUUGCACAAGAGGGGACCCGCCUGCGACCGUCUUCCGUCGGACACCUGGUGGACCACGUGAUCCACACCUCGCCCGGGCAGGUCUUCGCCAACCACAAGUCGGCCUCCUCCACCCAGGCCAACAGCAUCAGCUUGGACUCGUCACCGUCUCCGGAUGGUACCAUCGAUGGGCAGCCUCCCGCUCUGCCGCCCAAACAGUCCCGGAAGACCGUGUACAGCCAGAUCAUCCAGUCCCACUCCCAGCAGGAGCUGGACAACCACGUCAACGAGAUGUACGACGUCCCGGCCUCGGACAAGUCCAUGCUGAACGGGGUCGUUCCUCACGACAACCUGGUCUUGAUCAAAAUGAGGCCUGACGAAAACGGGCGAUUCGGCUUCAACGUGAAGGGCGGCGCCGAUCAGAAGAUGCCUGUCAUCGUGUCGCGGGUGGCUCCCGGAACGUCGGCUGACCUGUGCGUGCCUCGUCUGAACGAGGGGGACCAGGUGGUGCUGAUCAAUGGCCGGGACAUCUCGGAGCACACCCACGACCAGGUGGUCAUGUUCAUCAAGGCCAGCUGCGAGAGCCACUCUGGGGAGCUCAUCCUGCUGGUCCGGCCCAAUGCCAUCUACGACGUGGUGGAGGAGAAGCUGGAGACGGAGCCAGACUUCCAGUACAUCCCGGAGAAGUCCCCGGUGGACCCGUCCCAGCUGGACGAGGACGCCUGGAGGGGGGCCAUGCAGCAGCUGAAGGAGGGUCUGAGCAGCGGCGGGCUUCUGGCUCAGUUUGACCAACUGUACCGGAAAAGGCCUGGAAUGACCAUGUCGUGUGCCAAAUUACCUCAGAACAUUUCCAAAAACCGAUACAGAGACAUCUCACCUUAUGACGCAACGCGUGUUAUUUUGAAGGGCGCGGACGACUACAUCAAUGCAAAUUACAUCAAUAUGGAGAUCCCUGCUUCCAGCCUGAUUAACCGCUACAUCGCCUGCCAGGGGCCACUGCCCAACACCUGCCCAGACUUCUGGCAGAUGACCUGGGAGCAGGGCUCCUCCAUGGUGGUCAUGCUCACCACCCAAGUGGAGCGAGGACGGGUGAAGUGUCAUCAGUACUGGCCCAACCCCUCGGUCACUUGCACCUACGGAAACUUCCAGGUGGCCUGUCUGUCUGAAGAAGGGAACUCUGCAUUUCUCGUCAGGGACAUGACUCUGACCAACCUGGAAACCACGGAGAGCCGGCAGCUGACCCAGAUCCAGUACCUGGCGUGGCCCGACCACGGAGUGCCGGACGACUCCACCGACUUCCUGGAUUUCGUCAGCCUGGUGCGCGGCAAGAGGGCCGGCAAGGAUGAGCCGGUGGUGGUACACUGCAGCGCCGGGAUUGGCCGGACCGGAGUGCUGAUCACCAUGGAAACAGCGAUGUGUUUGAUUGAAUGCAAUCAGCCCGUGUACCCGUUGGACAUCGUGAGGACGAUGCGAGACCAGAGGGCCAUGAUGAUUCAGACCCCCAGCCAGUACAGGUUUGUGUGCGAAGCCAUCCUGAAGGUGUACGAGGAAGGCCUGGUGAAGCCCCUGAAGUCCGCCCUGUACGAGUAGAGACCGGGAAGCACGGCGACUCCCGCGACCGCGACGGGCGGGAAGACGGGGGGCUCGAGGCCGCCGGGCCUGGACUUCGGGACGACCGCGUCCGGGCGUCGCCACGCCACGCCACGCCACGUCACAGCCCCGCCCCGUCAUCGUCGUCCUCGUCCUCCUCUCCUCCUCUCUCCCGCCACUCGCCAACGGGACGCCGAGCGGAAUCUUAAGGAGCUUCCGACGUUUCGGAGAGAACCGCACUGCUGCACUUUAUGUUGACGAGGAAAAAAAAAAAGAAAGAAACUAAAAGAUGCAUUCAAAAACGGAAAGAAAGAAAAAAAUCCAUCGAUGACAAAACGAAUAGGAACUGGUUAGGGGGACAGCUUGUGUUCAGGGUCAAGAGAAGUGUGAAAACAGAGAUUGCUGUAGUGCCAUAACUAAGAAGGGCAGCCCUUCGCAGUCAAAAAACGUUUCUGAUUCUUUCCAGUUGCCCAACCCCCCCCCUCCUCCGGUUUCGGUUUCCACACAGAUCCACGAGACGGACAUGGUCCUUCGCCCGCGUGGUCCACCUCAGUGAACAGCAGCUCUUUUUAAAGCGUAUUUAUUGUUUUAGGUUCAUGUUAAUGUCUAUGCCCCCCCUGUGUUGACUAUGGAUUCCGUUUCUGUCAUCUAGGUGUCCCUCCGCAACAGAACUCUUAAGUUAGUGAUAAUCCUGGCGGUGUUGUUUUUAAUGGAGGAUCCCGUGUGCUCUGUUUUGAACGGCACUUCCGUGGUAGACGGGUACUGUAGAGCACUUUGAGUCGCGCGUGCUGUUAAUCAGUGUCCUCUCUCUCAGCGGGCUCUCAGAGAUCCCUCUCGCCGUCGGCAGUGCUCGCUUCGCUCGAAUCGGAUGGAAGUUCUGCCUGUCUGUGCAUUUUUCCUUCUUAAGUGUGUCUGUAGUUCCAAACUCCCAAGAUGUCUGGUGCAGGAGACACUAGUUGCUCGCUGUAUUACAUUAGAGAACAAAACCUAACUCAUCAGUGUGAAUUCCCCUUUAAAGUGUUUUCUCUCUUUGAUUUCUUGUUGUUUUCCACACGUUAAAACAGAACGCGAGCUUGCAAAAACGAGAGUUUCCUGUUUAGACCGAUAAUAAUUUGUUUAGGCCGAUAAUAUAUUUUUGUAAGGUACUCAGAGCAAGUGACUGGGUUUUUGGUACAGAUGACUGAGGUUUUAGGUACAGAUGAAUGAGCUUUGGGUUACAGGCCAAUGACAUUCGGGUACAGGUCAAUGAGGUACAAGUGACUGCGGCUCGGCAUUCACGCCGAGCUCUUUGCAGUGAUGCUAACACCACUGAGCUUGACAUAGAAUUUGUACUCCGAGUAGUUGAACUGUGUUCUUGUUGCCGUUAGGUUUUAAGUGAGGUUUUUGUACUUGUCAUAUUGUUUCUGCUUUCUUUUUUUUUUCUUUUUUUUUUGGUGGGGUGGGCGGGUGGGGCACGUUCUAGUCGAUCACAUUUCCCGCAAAGUCUGUGUGGCUACGUAGGCGGUGCUAUAGAGCGCAAAGCGUGUUUGAGGUCACCAUUUGCAGUCUAUAAAAACACAUUAGAUGAUGCAGGCUGGUGUAGAAAAGACUCCACCCCCCCCCCAUCUGCUGGCUCCUCAGAGCAGCCGAGUUCAAUCUAGUUAAACCCCCCCCCCCCCCCACACCCCCGCAGUAUCUCUAUAGUACAUAUUUUACACAUACUAUUACUUCAGCACUGCCUUCAGGUCCCCCCCCACCCCCCCACUCCCCCGGUCCUUACAGCAUCACCUCGAACCUUUUGGCAAGGUCAGAUACAAACUCUCGGCCAUCUGCCCCUGGUCUUUAGCUAGCAAGACGCUUCUGAUUGACUCCAUUGGUUAGGUACACAUCCAUCUACCCUGGGAAGGAAAGGCCUUUCCACAUUACAACUACAAAGCGGUCCAGGGUCUUAAGCACUCUCUCUCUCUCUCUCACACGCCGGCUGCGCCUCCCUGGCGCGGUCGCGUGACUCACCAGUGCGUUGAGUUGAGUGUGGUUCCUGCUUCAGGAGAGGGGAAGGAGGGCGAACAGGUGCAGGUCGCUGGCCGCUGAGACACACCCGCGUGCGGCAGUAGCGCAUUUUGUAACGUCCCGUGUGCCGCGAGCUCGAUGACCGUACGGUACUGGCCGUUCCAGCGUGCGUUCCAAGCUCUGCCUAACAACCUCCACAGAAACGUCACAGGUACACGUUGGCUAUAAAGAUGGCCGUCCAGCCCAGUUGGUGCUCUUCCCGUUUUAUCAAAGGGCAUCUCACUCACGUAAAUGGUACACAUAAGAGGACUGGGGUUGCAGGACCAAUAUUUGUUCAUCCUCUUGAAUGUUCAGCUACGAGCUUUGUCUGAAUUAACCAAGUGUUGUAAUGGCAUAAGCUAUAGAUUUGCUAUGGGAUAUUACUGGGUUUGGGUUGGGUAGGUUGUAUUUUUGUAAAAGAAACACUUCUUGCUUCUUGGGAAUGGACAGCACUUUGCAGCUGACUAUGUAGCCUUUAGCGCUACUCAACAAGUCGUCCUGGGGGGGAAGAAAAAAUUACGUGAUUUUGAAAUUUUAUUUAUCAUUACUAUUUGUUAAAUAAAGACACCUAUAGAGGGGGGAAAAAAUCUAAACUUCAUAGUGCCACUUGUUAAUUUUGUGUAAAUAAAUUAGAGCGUGUAAAUACAAUGUUGUAUAUUAAAAAUCUUUAAAAUAAAAAGGAAAAUCCUGUCUGAGUUUAAAUGUUAUUUUUAUAAUAAAAACAACUGGAAAAAAAAAAGGUCUGGGAAAUGCAUUUGAAAUGCAUCUGUCCCUGCGACGCAGCAAACGCAGCGACUGUAAAGAUCAGGGCGUUUGAAAAGACCGCUGGUAUAAAGUGCUCUCCAUUGUUCCCGACACAUGCGGAGCGGGCCGAAAGCACGGUCGAUCGAGAGGUACGUCUCGGAGAAAACCGGGAGAGAAGAAACACCAAAAAAGAGCAACGCGUAUUAACGUCUUAUUUAGCGACCCUUUCUGUUCUGAGCGUGUUCAUUGUGUAAGACCUGCUUUAUUUUUUUUGUAGAUUUCCCAUAAUCCACUGGAACACAUUGAUGAGGCUGUGAUUAGAACGGGAAGUGGGUGAGCUCAUUAAGAAGCAAGAACACUUGCGUUCUGCAGGGUGGUUUGUAGGACUGGAAAGGAAGGAGGAAUUGCAUUCAUCCUGUAUGAUCUGCUUUGGGUUGCUAUGGUGUGCUGGUGGUCUUGUGAUAGCUGAUCAAUGUCCGUUAUUUAAUUUCUUUUCUUUUUUUAUUUUCCAUUACAAAGAAGCUUGCACCUUACCACCGAGAGACUUAACUGAUGCAGAUAACCUAGAGGGGAGAGUUUAAAUUGUGACCCGCGUUCAGAUGUUUUUCUUUCAGGCCACUGAUCUUAUUGAAAUUUCUUCAAAAACAGAAAACUUAUUUUUUUUUUUGGAAAUUAAAAUGUGAAUUUUGAAUGGAGUUUAUGAAUGAGAUUUUAUUUUGCCAUGUCAUUGCACGUAUUAAUUAUGUGGUUAAUCUUGCGUGAGAAGAUCAAAAGUUCUGACGGUACUGACUAGUCACGGGACUUGUGCUUUUGGGUGCUUCCGAAUGUUUAAGAGAGGAAGAUGUGCUGGCAGUGUUUGUGAAAAUGAGAAGUGACAAAGUGACAAAUGAGCGUUGAAAAGUCAUGACAUUUCGAUUCGAUAGGAAAAAUCCCAUUGUGAAUAUUACUGCUCUUAUCAGUAAUCAAUGUUAAGGUGUAGAAGCCUGAUAAGAUAAGUGUAUCUAAUUUUAAGAUCUGUUAGCUAUUUUUAAAAGCUGGCUUUGUCAAAAACUGAGACUUGAUAGUGCUUUUUAAAUAUCUUUGCCUAACUUAUGAGCAUCCUCUUUCACGAGAAGAUGUCGACAGAGCUUUUGAAUUUGUUCAGCUGCAUUAAUCAUUAAUUAAUGAAUGCUUGUCAGAUGAAAAUUCACUUGUGUUUACAUAAGCUGCUUAAACCAUGUGCUCAAGACUAUGAUCGGAGUAUGCAGUGCAGGGACAUUUAGCUCAAGAAUUUAGCUUUUCUACAGAAUUAAGUAUCUUGUUUUGACUUAUCAUUAAUGUCAUCCUUUCUCUCAUAAGUUAAAUAGAUUGAGUUGCUCAAAAGUACUUUCCUUGAUCUGCACAAUUGAUAUAAAUCGCUAGACUUUAUCAGUGGCUGCUCAUAAUUAAAGCUAUUGUUGGGAAGCUGUACAUUGUCAACAGACUAUAGAAAGAUAUACAAAUGUUCUUUGGUGUCAUACUGUACGAAAAUGAAUGUACCAAUCUUUCAGAUACUAGAAAACAAAGGGGAUGGAGAAUCUCGACUGUUGGAUUUCGAGGAGAAAAUAUUUUUUCAUACCACUUGUAAAAAGGACAAUAGUUUGUAACACUUCCAUAGAUAUAUACAUAUACAGUACACACGGUGGUGUGUGAGUGUGUCAGUGCAGGUUGAAAGGGUCAUUUCACAGGUCUUUCUCCAAAUCUAAAGAUUUGUUUUGAGAUUGGGACAUGACAAGAGCUGUGGAAUGGCCCCUAAAUGUGUUUUUAUUGUAAAUAAGAGCAAUAUCAUGUCAGUUUAGUGCCAAUGUUCUGUAAAGUCUUUUAUUUCUGCUUAAAAGAUUGAAGUAUGCUGAUUUGUUGUCAACUUAAAAGAUUUCUUCCUCUA